AUGAUACUGGUGCAAUACGUUGUAGCUUUAGCUGCUUUUACUCACAUUCUUGGGUCGAAAAUUAUUUACACGCAGAAUGAUGAUGGCAGUUUCACAUACGUUGGUUUAGAGACAGGCGCCAGUUGGAGGAACAGAAUAAUAUAUUUUGGAGGGAGCCUCAUUUACGCACUUUUGAGCCUGGUUCUCAACGCUAGGCUUUCCAUCGAAUGGCGUAAGCUGACAAAGUUUGGUGGCAGUUCGAGGAAUACUGGCUAUGAGAAGGUGAGGGUAGCGUUAUUAGUAUAUACAGCGCUCGUGUUUAUUUCUACUAUGUUGAUGUGCGCCCAACAAAUCUCGAAGGCAAUUGCUUCUCUUACUAAGAAUGCGGAAUUCGACCUUUGGGCAACCGUGCCAGUACUGGACUACCUUCCCAGUGAGAUUUUCUUUGCGGCUAAACGUGCUUCAUAUGGAAAAUGCGGAACAGGUUUUUAUAUUCCUAUAAAAACCAUGUCAUCCAGGGGACCCGGGAGAUUUUACUGGAUAAAUGACGUCAUGAUGUGCGUACCACCCUUCUGCCUUGUGGUACUUUCAUCGGAUCUUCGCAAGGAUAUUAUCAACUUUGCUCGGUGUAGAAGGCACAGAAACGGUCACCAUGCUGCGGUUUCUGUAUUCAAUCGCCAGUCCACUGUAGGAAAGUAUUGA